CGAGGUUGGAACCAGAUUUGGGUGUGUACCCCUGGUUUCCCAGCGCUGCAAUAAAUCACCUCAUAUAACCAUUCCAGUGGUUAUGUGUUUGUUCCCACACUAACAUUUUGGUGACCCAGAUGGGACCUCACGGGCAUUGCUGAGGCGGAUCGCGCCUCGAUCCUGCUCCAGCCGGCACCGAGAGAUUCUCGGGGAGCCAUCGACCACGACCGACCUCCGCUGCUCACAACGGACCUCUGACAUGAACCUUAACUCAACUGCGGAGCACUCUGGUGUGGAAUAGGCCACUGUCCCUGGAAAAUCCAGCACAUGACAUCCAACCAGGAGACCAAGCAUACGUCCGGAACUGGAACGAAGAACCAUUAAAAGAACGGUGGGACGGACCGUACCAAGUACUGCUAACUACGUUUACAGCAGUAAAGGUAGAAGGGUGGAUUCUUGGAUACAUUAUACACGAGUAAAGAAAGUUCCAAAGGUUUGGGAAACACAGAUACUAGGCCCUACGAGACUAAAGCUGAAAUGUAAAUAAGAUGUCUGGGUUCUGUUACAAAACUUUGAUUGUCAUCUGGUCACUAACACAGCUGGUAUCUAUUCCUAUCCUAGGAAUUCCUCAGAAAAAUGUUUUGACAAAACUUAAAACAAGAUGCCAUUCUGACCUGCAAGUUCACAGAAACCAUUCCGAUAAGACCAACACUAAUAAAGGUAGUUUGGGAAAAGGUAAAUGGUCCUAUAGGACUGAAUCUGCAAUUGGCCACGGCAAAAUUGAAGUUAUGGGAAAAAGGACUAAAAGAUCAGUGAAUUCAGCACAGAUAAUCCAAUCAUACCGUCGAAAUCCUGAGGAAAAUUUAAUGAUAGGUCUGACUGAGGAUUUCUCAAAAAUGAAAAACAUGAGCAGAAUAACAGCAUGUUUGCCGAUACCCAAAGCAGCAGGAGAACCAAUUGAAUGGGAAAUAAUAACAUUUCCACUUCCAGAAACCAAUAAAACAGUGGCCUGUCAGGAAAAAGAAACAAUAAAGAAUGUGACAGUGACAGAAUAUCAAAAGGAAGGAGUUCUAGGUGCCUCUAUAACAGAAUCAUUGUGCAAAGAGAAAUUAAACACCCAAUUCACUACCUAUGAAGAAGGAAUUGGAAAAUGCAUUUAUGAUAAAGAAAUUAAAAUAAUUCAACAAAUAAGAGAAAAGACAUGGGAGUGCCAAGAGAAAAAUAACUCACAGGAAACUUGGGAUACAAUUUGGUCAGUAGGUAUCCUGCAAAAAUUUCAAUAUGGAGGAGAGACACCUUGGUGUUUAAGAUGGACCAGAAAACAAAGCCUAACAGAGGACAUGAGCUCAUAUAGAGCCAGUCGAAACAGGACUGAGAGUGUCCCCUGGUGGAAUUGUACUAAGGUUCUGGAUUGUGAUACCGAUCCUGAAACAAUUACAAUGCCCCCUGUUAGAACUGCUUUGAUGGCAGGAUGUGCAUGCCGAGGACUGAAAGUUGGAGGAGAAAUAAUCAAGGCCCCUAUUAGAACUCCAUAUCUAGUAAACUGUAGGUAUUCGACAGUACACAGUAUGGGACAUUUGGUAUGGGCAACUAGCGAUGGAACCUGGACUACUCACCUAUCAAUGGAAGGUCCAGUUAGAGAAAUCACUUUAGGGUUACCCACACUCUGUCCAAUAUGGAAGAAGUCACCGUUCAGAGGCAAAUUGGAAACUUUACAAAUCUGAACAAAAAGGAGUGUAGACGAUGAAGAUACU